AUGAAUCGUUUCAUUUCGUAUUUGUUUCUUCUGGCUAUUCUAUUUGUUUUUUACAAGCCAGUUCAAUGUCAAACCAUAGCAGUGAUCAACAACUCAUUGCAAGUUUAUAAUGGCGACAAUGUUACCAUUACCACAACCAAUUUACAGUCAACUGUCAAUGGAAUUGUUGAACCUCGUGUCAUUUACACAGUUACUUCAGUCACCAAUGCUCGUUUCCUCCGUUAUAACACUACCUUCGGUUUCUAUCUCGAUACCAACACUUUCACAGUUGCCGAUGUCACUAACGGACUUGUUUUAUUCUCCCAUUUUGGUAAUCAAGAACUCCCAACUUUUACCUUAAAUGUCUAUGAUCCAUUAUUCAAUAUUAGUACAACCGCCAUUGGAAAUAUUGUUUUCACAGCCUUCAGAAGAGGAACCAUUGGUGCUCCACGUCCAGGUUUCUUUGCCAGUGUCGAUCCAAGUACCUUAAUUGUCACACUCCGUAUCAGAAUGUAUUUAAGAGUUUUCACAACUCCGGAAGUCAAAUUCAACAUUGGACUUUCUGCAGUGACAGCUUGUCAACAAACUGAUUUAAUCAGAGAUGGAUUUGUCUAUAAUGCAGGAACUUCCACUUACUGGUAUAGUGAUUAUGUCCUGUCAUUGCCAUUGUCAAGUUACUUGUCAAAUCCAAAUGUCCAACAAAUUUCAACUGGAGGUGUCAUUGAUUUGGUUGCAUUGAUGUAUGCUGAAUAUAUGAUUACUACUUAUUCACCAUUGCCAUCCACUUCAACAGGAGGUGAUGUUUACGUUGCUCCACCAAUUUCUGGAACUUGUUACAAAGUCAUUUAUCAACAACGUUAUAUUUUGACAUUGGUUCUUCAAGUGACACGUGUCAGUUUUAAUACUACUGAUGGAUCUAGUUCUGGAGGUAAUAACUGUACUGCUUUUAUUCAACCAAAGAGAAUUUUCGUUAAUGAUUUGGGUAAAUUGGAAAUUAGAAUGAUUGUUUGGACACUUUUGGCACCACCUGUCACAUCAUGGACAGUUACUGGACCAUAUUUCUUUAAUGUUACUGAUGCUAUAUUCACUGGUACUUCAAAUGGUUAUUAUCAAUAUACAAUUGUAAUGCAGUCAAAUGUCAUUAAUGGUCCAAUUGACUUUUAUGGUGAUUACGUACUGACCUACUUAUCACCUGAUGGAACUGGUUGUACAAUUUCAUAUUCUUUACAAUAUGUGGUUCCUUACCCUCCUAUUACUCAAGUUUUACAAUAUAAUACCACAGCUCAAACUUAUGGAAAUGCUGCCUUGACAGUUGCUCAAACUCAAUUCGCGGCAACUGACACUAUCUAUGUCAGAGUUGAUGUUCCAGGUGCUCCUAGUGUUCCUUACAUGACCAUUUCCCCAUACAAUGUCAUUAUGUGUUGUUUCCUUGAUUUCACAACCAUUCCUGUCAAUGUCGACUGUCGUAACGCUUCCAACUCUGAUUUCAGUACUCAAAUCUAUAUCAAUGGAGUUCCUCAAAGCACUGGUGGUUUAAAUGCUGCUACCCUUCCUCCUCCAUCCACUUCCAGUUAUGCUUUCCAAUUCGAUCUUCCCUUCGCAAUCAGAGAUGGUCUCGACAGAAGAUGUUUCCUUACCAUUGAAUCUGCCUAUUUACCUACAAAUACUACCUCUGUUAGAAGUCUAUUCAAGGAAGAAAAUGUAGACACUAGAAGUUUGGCAGCUAAUCCUGUAGCUAAUGCAGUUGUUUCAAAGACUUAUCGUUUGUUUGAUAUUGUUCCAAAGACAACUAAGGGAGGUGCUGGAACAAGUGGUGUUGUCAAUGGAGCAUUCUCAAUUGUCAGAGGAUUUCUCUCCACAACAUUCAAAAAAUCAACUUGCAAGGUUCCUCAUCACCGAUCAUUAAUUUCCACUUUAAGAAAAGAAUUCACAUCAUCACCUACAAACGAACGCAAAUUUCACAACAACUUGUUUUCACCUCUUCGUUCCUCCAACAAUAAUAAUUUAGAUAAUUUCGGAGGUGAUGAAAAUGAUGCUGAAAAUAAUGAUAACAAGGUGAGGAACAAGAAAAGAAUUGGAGAAUUGAAUGAACUGUUGGAAUUUAAUCCAAAUUUCACAGAUGCCUUGAUUGAAAGAUCAAAAUGUUAUGAAGGAUUGAGUGAAUGGAAACUUGCAUGUGCUGAUCUAGAGAAGGUUUUAGAGAUUGAACCAAAUAGAGAUGAUAUGGUUUCACUUUUGGAACAAUUGUAUUGGUUUUAUAUACAAAAGGAGAAUUACAAUGUUCAAUUGGCUAAUAAUUAUUUGGAAAGAGCAUUUGAAAUUGUUUCGAAUAAUGCAGUUCAAGUGCCAUUUUCAUAUUAUAGUUCACUUUAUUCCAUGUGUUAUGAAUUGGAACAGUUUGAAAAGGCUAUUUCUUAUGCCACAAAGGGAAUUAAAUCAAUUGAGUCAAUUGGACCAAUUGAAAUUGGAAGUAAGGAAGCUGAUGAUUUGGCUUCAUUGUUAUGUAGAAGAGGAAGUGUAUUGAUUAUAAAGUAUAAAAUGAUUGAAUGUGGAAGACAAGAUUUCGAACGAGCUCUCUCAUUAGCUUCCUCAAAAUACGAAUCUCUAGUUCUCAUGUUAGAUUCUUUCAUAUAUUUAAAGAACCACGACCUAGUUAUCGAGACGUACAAUUUGGUGAAAGAGCUCGAAAAGAAGGAAACUAGAACGGAUGAGAAAAUUUUAUCAGAAUAUCAAAAACUACACGAAAUGAUGAAAGAAUACUAUUUGAAAAGAAAGGAAUACAAACAAGCAAUGCAAUGCAUGAAGCAAUAUUAUCAAAAAGAUCCCAUUUUAAUGUUUCAAAAUCAUGGAAUGUAUAGAUAUUUAUGCCUAAUUGUUGGAGAUUAUGCAGAGUUUAUAGAUUGUACACGAUUUUAUAUUACUACAUUGGAAUUAUAUGAAAAGAAUGGUAUUGAGAUGAUUGAAAACAAUCCACCACCAACAGAAUCACCAAUCCAACGUAUUUUGCAAUAUUCUGCCACUUGGUGUACUAUAUAUUCAUAUGUCAAUCGAUUGGAUGAUGCCAUUAAGGAAUGUGAAAAAUUGAAGGAAUUACUAGAGAAGCCACAAAACACUUUUCCAAAAGAGCAUUUACUUGGAAUCUAUUACAUUAUUCUCACUUAUUCACAUAUGAAGAAGGGAAAUGACCAUCUCAUAAUGGAAUUGGCAAAAGAAGCUAAAAAGUAUUAUCCUGCAGUUUUGAGAUUUGUUGCAGAAUAUUAUUUUCAAAAUGGAAAUUAUCAAAUGGCAAGACAAUACUACUUGGAAAGCUACAAUGAAACCAAAGAUUUAGAGAAUUUAAGUAACUUGGCUGAUUGUUUCUUUGUAGAAAAAGAUUAUGAGAGCGGCAUUAGAGAGUGUGAGAAAAUUCUUGAAAUUGAUCCAAGUUUUUGUGUUGCCUAUUUCAAUAUGGGAGCAGCUUAUUGCCAUUUAGGAGAUUUAGAAAGAGCAAACCAAUAUUUUGAGAGAGGAAUUAAGGAAGCAACGGAACAGAAAGAUGCAAACAAGUACCCUCUUGUUGAAGCGUUGCGUAAAACCUAUCCUCAAUAUUUUGAAAAGGAAUAA